AUGACUUCAUCUACUGUCGCUCAACAUGCUACACAACCAUUAAAUUUUGGACCUGAAUGGCUGCGAGCAUUAUCAACACCGGAUUCAGCAACACCAAUUCCAUCAUCAGCUGGUAGUGGUAGUGGAAAUGUAUUUAAAUUUUCAACAACAAAAUAUCGUUAUUCAAAAGAUGAAAUUUUAGCAUUACGUGUUAAUGUUUCUGAACGUUUAAAUGAAACUAUAAAAAAUGAAAUUAUGGAAAAUUUAAAAGAUGUUGAAAGUGUUUUUCGACCAAAUAUAAUGGAACCAUUAUCAUUAACUGCACCAACUUCAGAAGAAACUGCUAAAAUGAAUGCAUUAUCAAGUUAUAUAUCAGGUCGAACACCAGGUGGUGCUGGUCGAAAUUCUCAACAAUCACAACAAGAUUCACGAAAUACUCGUCCAACUGGUUCAAUAUCAAAUGGACGAGGUGGUUCAAGAGGUCGAGGUGGACGUGAUCAUACAUAUGGAUCAAAUCGUACUAAUAAUAAUUCUGAUGAUAACAUUGAAAAUGGAAAUACUGCUGAUGAAACAUCAUCAUCAUCAUGGUCUCGUAGUAAUUAUCAUUCACGUGGUGGAUCAUUUGGAAAUCGAGUACGAUCUUACGAUGAUCGUGAACAAUCCCAAACAUUUCGUCGUGGUACUUCACGUCAAACAUCAGAUGGUUGGCGUCGAUCACGAGGUGAUGAUGUUGAUGAUAAUAAUAAUCAACAAAAUGAAGAUUCAUCAACACCAAUCAAUAGUUCAACAUCAUGGACAUCACGAGGUGGACAAACAAGACGUGGUGGUGGUGGAUCAAUGGAACAACGUACAAAAUCCAAUGAGAAAUGGAAUUCUAAUGAUGAUCGAUCUGGUCCAUCAAAUAAUUAUGAAUCACGUAGUGGUGGAUGGCGAACAAAUUCAUCUAUAUCUGAUCGUGAUCUUAAUUCACGUCGUCCACAAUCAAAACGAGAUCGUAUGCCGGAAUGGAUGGAUGAUAAUAAUGAUGAUGAUGAUAAUCAUUUAAGUAAUGCAACAUUUGAACAAGAUGGAACAUUUACUAGAUCAUCAACAGUUCGACAAAAUAAUAGUAAUGAACAAUCACAAUCAGCAUCUGAUGAAUCAUUAGUUGAUUCAUUACGACAAAAAGAAGAAAUUCCAUCUGAAAAAUCAAAUAUUAUUAAUGUUCCAACUGUAUCUGAACCUAUUAUAUCUCAACCAACACCUCCUGUACAACAAUAUCUUCCAUCAUGGGAUGAUGAUUUUGAUCAAAGUGAUGUUGCAACAACUGUAGUUGAAUCAACUCUUGCUGAAGAUCAUGAUUAUUCACCACCAAUAUCAACUUAUCCAACAUCACGUCUUAUUUCUCUAGAACCAACAUCAUCACAUACUAUACCUAAUAUUCCACAACAACAACGAACACAAGUUAUUAUUGAUGAUAAACAAUGGUUUUAUAAAGAUCCACAAAAUACAAUACAAGGUCCUUUUUCAUCUGCUGAUAUGGAACGUUGGUUUGCAGCUGGUUAUUUUACUAUUCUUUUACCUGUUAAACGUUUGGGUGAAACACAAUUUUCAACUAUACAACAAUUAACAAAAGAAUUAGGUCGUUUACCAUUUCGUACUGAUGUUUCAUCACAUCCAUCGACACCUGUACAAAAACAACAACAACAACAACAAUCGAUUGUAUCGGAAUCACAAAAAUUUAAUCCACUAGCAUAUACAACAGUAAAUAAUACUUUUAUUGAUGAUUAUUCAAUGCAACAACCACAAUCAAGACAAAAUAUACAACAUCCAUUAUUGUUCAAUAGACAAACAUCUAUGCCCGUAUCGACAAAUGAUCGAAAACCCGUAUCAUCUUCAUCGAAUAUAUCAUCUCAAUUACAAGCAUAUUUUAAUUCCCAACAACAACAACAACCAUCAUCAUCAUCAUCAUCAUCUCUUUUUUCAUCAAAUUUAGUUAAUGAUCCAGCAAUAAUUUAUCAACAACAAUUACAACGAAGUUUGUCAUCAGUAAAUCAACAACAACAAUCAAAUUCAAUGUUAUAUGAUGAUAUGCAACGUUCAUUUCGUCAUCUACCAUCACAAACAACAUCAACAAAUAAUUCAUCAUAUUUUCCUUCAAAUAUAUCCAUAUCUCAACAACAACAACAAUCAAAUGAUAAUAUAAUUUCACGUUUAUCACAAGCUAUGCAAACACAUGGUAAACAACAACAAGAAAAAUUUGAUCAACAACACCAAAGACGUGAAUUAGAAUUUGAACGUUUAAAAUUAUUUCAACAAGCUGAACAAAUACGUUUACAACGUGAUGAAGAUGAACGACGUCAAUAUGAACAACAAGAAUUACGUAAAAAACAAGAAUUAAAUAAUAAUAAUAAUAGGCAAAUGAUUUUUGAACAAUUAACAAAACCAGUUGAUAAUAAAAAAUCAUCAACUAUAGAUAUAGAUCCAUUUUUAGUACUUCAACAAUCAAUACAAUAUCAAAAAGAACAACAAGCUAAAAUUGAAGCACAACAAGCGGAAAAUAUUCGUCGAUAUCAAGAAAAAUAUCGUGAACAACCUCAACAACAACAACAACCAAUAUAUAAAUUAUCUGAAACAACAAAUUGGACUCGACAUCCAUCUCAGACUAAUGAUUUAACACAAACAUUUAAUUUUGUUGAUAUUCAAAAACAAGAAGAGGAAAGACGUUCGAGAGAAGCAGCUGCUUUUGCUCAUCAAUACGGUAAAUCUCAGACUUUACCUAUACAAAAUUCCGCUUCAUUAUCAUCGACCAAUAAAUCGGGUUCAUGGGCUCAAACAUUAUUUGCCGGUAGCAAUAGUGGUAAUAGUAAUGUUCCAUCGACAUCAAGUCAUAUAUUGUCGGAUCAUAAUACAAAUGAGAAUACAUUAACUGAUGCAUCAUCUAUAGCAUCUUAUAAUCAACAGGCAACAAAUGCGGUACUAUCUCUUUUAAAUAUUCAUCCUAAAUCUCGAUCGGCAACUAAUCAACAAUCAAUAUCAUGGAAUGGACCUAGUAACGUAUCUAAUACAUCACUUCAAGAUAUUCAAAGACAACAACAACAAACACAAAACGAACCCAUACAACAACAAUCACAUCAUAUUACAUCAACAACAACACCACCUGUAUGGACUGGUAAUAUUCCAUCUCAACAAUCAUCAUCAGCAUUCUUAUGGGCUAAUCAAAAUUCUUCAUCAUCAAAUAAACCUAUAACAACAAAUACCAAUAAACCAUCAACCCCAUGGACUGAAUUAAAAUCCACAUCAUCACCACCGUCAACAACAAUACCAUCUGGAAAUAUAAAUCUACCUAAUGAUGAAACAAUAAAAAAUGAACAUGAAGCAAAAUCUAUAUUUAACACAACACGUACACAAGAUGUUCUAUCAAAAUGGACUCAAACUCAAUUUAAAGAUAGUUUAAAAGAUGUUGAUGUGCCAACACUUGUUCAAUUAUUAAAAGAUAUUGAUAAUGCUGGUGAAAUUGUUGAAUAUGUACAACCAUAUAUAGGAACAGUUAGUAAAGCUAAAGAAUUUGCCAAUGAUUUUCUUUUAAAACGAAAUCAAUUAGCUAAUGCUGAGCCUGAUUUGGAUAAUGAACGUUUAAAUGAAUUAGUUAUGGCACCAACAUCUUCUAAUGAUAAUAGUUAUAGUGGUGGUGAUGAAGGUUUUCAAUUAGCAUCAAGUAAUGGACAAAAGAAAAAAGCAAAAAAAAUGAAAGGUCAAAAAAUCGAUGGUAAACAACUUGGUUUUAUGGUUAAUAAUCGACCUGAACAACGAGAUGAUAUUGAUCAAGUACCAAUAUAA